CCCAGAGCCCCAGCCAGGAGCCGCUGCCGGGGAUGUGAAGGCGCCCAAGCCCCGGAUCAUGGCCAGCCCAGGGGCCCCUAGGGGAUGCGAUGUGCUGAUUGUGCAUGCCAGGGAUGCCAGUGAAUGGUGUCAGUACCUUCAGAACCUCUUCUUCUCGUGCCGGCAAGUCCGAAAGCAGCGGGUUCUGAGCUACGAAGUGAAGUACGGGGCUGCCAUUCCGUGGGAGGAGUUCGAUCGAUUCAGCAGCAGCCGAUGCAUCAUCGUGUUGCUGUCUGCUGAGCUGGUGCAGAACUUUUACCUCCCUGACGUCCUUGGGAGCCUGCAGGAAGCUUUGAAGCCCCCACACAAAGUGGUCAAGCUGUUCUGUGGAGUGGAGGAUUGUGACGACUAUUCAGGGUUUUUCAGGGACUGGGCCCAGUGGAAAGAGCUCACCUAUGAUGAUGAGCCAGAUGCCUACAUUGCAACAGUCAAGAAGACUAUUUCAGAAGACUCUGGCUGCGAUUCUGUGACUGAUACAGAGGCAGAAGACGAGAAAAAUCCAGUUUAUUCCAGGAAACUUGCAAUGAGUCAGCAGCAUGAGACAUCCGAGAGCACCCUGGGAGACCUGGUGGUGCAGCCUGACCGCAUACACUGUGGGGUGCAGACAACACUUUAUAUUAUCAUGAAAUGUAAACUGGAUUGUCAAGUGAGAACAGAAGUUGAAUUCUUUCCAGAGAAUGCCCAAUCUGUGCGUGUGCCAGCCAAGAUGGAAAAUGAAUACACUGUCUCAGUACGAGCUCCUGACUUAACAUCUGGAGCAGCAUCUCUGCGGAUAUAUUCAGGUGACUUGAUGGUGGGGGAAGCGAACAUCAGCUAUUACAGUGACAUGGAAGAGAUUGGCAACUUGUUGGCCAAUGCAGCUAAUCCAGUGGAGUUCAUGUGCCAGGCUUUUAAAAUAGUACCAUAUAACAUAGAAGCUCUGGACAAACUGUUGACCGAGUCAUUGAAGAACAACAUUCCUGCAAGUGGUUUGCACCUGUUUGGAAUCAACCAGCUGGAGGAAGAAGAUAUGACAACCAAUCAGAGGGACGAAGAGCUGCCGACGCUACUUCACUUCGCUGCAAAAUAUGGUCUGAAGAACCUUACAGCGCUGCUGCUUACUUGCCCAGGAGCUCUGCAAGCCUACAGUGUAGCCAACAAGUAUGGGUACUACCCGAACAACAUUGCUGAAAUCCAUGGCUUUAAGGACCUGCGGCAGUUCAUUGAUGAAUAUGUGGAAACUGCUGAUAUGCUGAAAAGUCACAUUAAGGAGGAGCUGAUGCAGGGUGAGGAAGAUGACUCUGUUUAUGAGUCCAUGGCUCACCUCUCCACCGACCUGCUGAUGAAAUGCUCCCUGAAUCCUGGCUGUGAUGAUGAGCUCUAUGAAUCCAUGGCCAACUUUGCCCCUGAUGCCACAGAUGAUCUGUAUGUCGAGAUGCUUCAGUCAAAACCCAAAGCUCCAGUCGCUAGAGAUCAGCUUUCUCUGAAUAUAAAAGACUCUAUGAUCCGCAAAUUUUUAGAAGGCAGUAGCAAAGAUGUGCCAGAUUCAGAGGAUGAUCCCUACCAGCAGUGCAGUGAGGAUGAACUUUACUACACUGUGGAGCAGGAUGACUUCCCUCAGGAAAUGGUCAACAGACCUCCAGUUCCUGUUCCAAGGCCUGACUCCAGUUCCCUUCAUCAAGACAAGGAGCUAUACAUUUCCAAAGUAUUUGCAGGGAAAGCUCGUGAAAGACCUGGGAAUCUGUAUGUCUCUGCAGGGAAGGUUAAGAAAGAGCCUGCAGUCAGGCUUGUCAGGGACCAGUCACAAUCAAGCAUAUACGACCCAUUCGCUGGGAUGAAAACCCCAGGUCAGCGGCAGUUAAUUACGUUACAGGAACAAGUCAAGAUGGGGAUACUCAAUGUUGAUGAAGCCGUGCUCCAUUUUAAGGAGUGGCAACUGAACCAGAAGAAGAGAUCGGAAUCAUUCCGGUUCCAACAGGAAAAUCUGAAACGGCUACGAGACAGCAUCACCCGGAGGCAAAUUGAGAAGCAAAAAACAGGAAAACGUUCAGACUUGGAAAUCACAGUGCCUAUACGACCGUCUCACAAUGCUCCCGGGAAACUGGAAUGUGGCAUUUAUGAAUUUGGCCCCAGGAAAAAUGUUUUCCCACCAAGAAAGGAGAUAAAGCGAGGAGAGUGGAAAACAGAAAGCACCUCUAGCACUGCAAGUAGUGCCAGUAACCGAUCGAGUACUCGAAGUACAUUGAGUGUCAGUAGUGGGAUGGAAGGAGACAGCGAGGAUAAUGAAAUCCUGGAAGCUACCAGAAGCCGCAGCCCAAUACCCCAGCAAGUGGAGAGGUUUCCCCUCACACUACCUGAAAGGCCUCCGAGAAUACCUCCCCGAGGUGCAAGCAGGCCUGUAAGCAACGAAAACUUUUUUCCUCCACCUGUGCCUCCACGAGGUCGCUGAAUCCUGAGAUCAUUGGAAUAUGGAAUAUUCUAGUGUGUUAUGUGUACAGAUAUAUAUAGAAAAAUAUAUAUAUAUACAGACAUUUUAAAGGAUCUUUUUUACUAUUUAUAGAUGGAAGCCAGAUGAUUUCCCCCUCCCUGCCCCCUAGCUCUGGUGCAUUUUGUAGUAACAUUUCACUGAGAAAUCUCCCAGCCUUUUGUGACAUUUUUUUUUUCUUGGAGUGUCUUGGGACUUUCUAGAUUUUAAGGAAAAACUAUCCAAGGUGGCAAAGAGAAUUUGGACGAGUCUUCUGACAGUUUUACACUUCAUAUGGGGUUAUACCUCUCCCCAAGAACAUGCUGUCCUCAUUGGUAACCCCACGCCCCGAGAGUUGUAAAAACAACUAAAGAGAGUCACUGGAAAAUGUUAAAAAAAAACAUAAAAAAAUGUAAAAGCUCCUUUCAGAGACUGUCUUCAAAGAAUGCUCAUCAUGAGCUGCACUGGAAGAGUGGAUCUCAGUAGUUUGGUGAUGUAACAUUUGAACACUGGCUCAUUCCCACCAAAUCUCCUGUAACGGAUCUUCCUUUAAUAGUUAUAGGACAUGAUGGUUCUGCAAAAAGGGCUAUGUGAAGACUUCCUUAUUCAGGCAAAAGUCAUUUUUAUACGGCCCUUUUCUCUGCCCACCCCAUUGUCUUUGGAUGGGGAAAGACACUGGUGAGGUGCUAUAUACAAUGCAUUGGAUGCAAGGCUCCCUAGCAGCUGGUGAGGGAAUUGCUCUGUCACAUGAAACAGCUCUAUAUACAUGCCUUCUAGGGGCCUUGUUACUUUAAAUCCAAAUAGCUGACCUCUUGCAUUAGGGCAAGAAAUUUUUAGCAGUCCUUUGACCUUCCCCCUUCCCUGUACGCGUUUAAGUAUCAUAUCCGUGUUAAGGCUGUUUAUGCUCUGUAAUAACGUGUGUUGAUAAGGUAUAUGUAUUUUGUGGCUCAAAUAUGGAUUUAAUUGUUGCUUACUUCACUGGGCACAGACAUCCCAUUCAGUGGUUGGGUUUUGCUUGCCCUAAGCAUCCUGUUUAGCAAAGCUGCACCUACAGCAGCCAUGUCCAACCAAAUCCACCUGAGGGCUGCAUGUUUUCAAAAAAGUCAAAGGUCUUCUUAGUUCUGCUUCCCCUUGUGCCACUCAGAUGCUUAGCCACUGCUAAGUCCUCAUCUUAGAGAGUUGGGGUAGCUGGCUUUCAGGACUAGGGUGAGGAAAACACAGGGAGCUCCAGCAAUCCCUGGCUGACAUGGCUCACAGGGGACCUUUGAUGGCUGGCACAAGUUAGAGGCUACUCUGCCCCUACCCGGGGUAGAGAAUUGGAUAGCAAUAACUUGUUGGUUCUCAGCUUCUCUUUUCCCUUCCCUCCCUGUGGUAGCUGUGUGGGGGAGAAGAGCCAUCCCUUUCUAGCUGAAUCCAGCCCUCUAGGCUCAGAGAGAGCUCAGGUAAGCAGGCGACAGAGCAACCAGAGUUGCAGCUCCCCAUCCCCUGCAAUACAGAAAGUGGCCAAUGGAGGGAGUUGCUGAACAAGGAAUCCACUGGGUGUCCCCUGCUGUUGCUUUGUAGAGAUGUGGGUCAUUCAAACAGUUCAGGGUGGCACUUGUGAAAUGCAUCUUCAGUUCACAAUCAAGUGCAAACUCUCUUUUCAGUGCAGCUCUACGUAGCUCUGAAGCUCAUCCCUUCCACCAACAGAAGCUGCUCCAAUAAACAAUAUUACCUCACCCUCCUCCUCUCAUAUCCUGUGACCCACAAGGCUACAGUGACACUGCAAGCAAGCACCAUGGGUGCUCCUUUAAAAGUACAUGAGUUUUCUCCUCCACUAACCAGGUGUUACACGGAACACUACAGGCUCUGAAUGCUGGCUUGCCGUAGCUUGCUGGUGACUCGCUUUAGUCGGGGGGAAGGGUUGAGAUGCAGAGAGCAGGAGUUGGGUUUGUGUCCCUUUCCCUAGCAGGCGCAAUCCCCAACAUUUUUCCAUUGAACUGAAAAAAGUUUCUUUACCUAAUCUAGGAGAAAAUGAAACUGCAAAUGGAAGGAAUGAGUUAAAGGAAAUAAAACUGAAGAGGAGAGUUAAUUCAGGGACCAAAUCCUGUUCAGUGCUCACUUCUGUUUUACUUUACACACAUCUUGGUGGGUUCUUCCCUUCGGUUUAGCCCUGUGCAAUCAGUAGCUCCUUUGCCUCUGUAGCUCUCUCAUGCUCUGCCCCUAAGGUCAGUUCUGUGCUGCAGCAUUGCAGGAAUUAACUGCUUUCCUGUCUCCCAGGGUAUAAGAACUGAGGAAUGUGGGGCAGAAGGAAAAGAGCAAAGCAUGAAGACGCCCCUCUCCCAAUUUCAGAACAUUUCCUUUCCAGAUAAACCUGUAGCCAAUGUACGUUAAACUUGCAGUCGUUCUCAAAAUGUGGGUUGGAACCCCAAAAUGGGUUGCAACUCUGUUUUAAUGAGGUCGCCAGGGUUGGCUUAGACUUGCUGGGGUCUGGGACUGAAGCUGAAGCCCUAGCCUCACCAUCUGGCCCCGAAGCCCAAGGGCUUCAGCCCUGGGUGGUGGGGCUCAGGUUACAGGCCCCCUGCCUGCUGCUGAAGCCCUUGGGUGGCUUGGGCAGGGUCAGGCUUCGGUUCCCCCGCCCCCUGGGGUCAUAUAGUAAUUUUUGUUGUCAGAAGGGAAUCAGGGUGCAAUGAAGUUUGAGAACCCCUGUGUUAAAGCAGGCAUGCAGGCUGGGGGUGAAGAGGAGAAACUGCCUGCAGUCUGUCCAUUCAACCCUGGCUAACUCUGAUUCUGCACCACUAGAGCAGACUGUCACACACGUUUCCUCUAACGUGAGUUUGGUCAGAGGGACAUGUUCUGAUGGCAUCUCCGUGGUGGAAUUUCAUUGGAAUGAUUAAGACCUUACGGUUGGGCUCAGCAGUGAGCUGUGCCUCACUUGUUUCAGCUGCUUAACUGGCAUCUAAAAACAGUUAGCCCUCACAUCUCUGCCCAGCCAGCCACUCUAUUUUGCUGCUCAGAACUUUCCUCAUGCCAAACUGUCCAUUUAAACAAGUGUCCAUUGCGUUCUUCUGUACUUUCCAAAGCCUAUUGGGCAACUGUGCUGCUCUGAGAGAGACCACAGCUGGGACAGUGGCAUCAAAGUUCAUUACAAACAUGGUCUGUUCAGGCCCACUUACACUCUGAGGAAACACGUCACAGUCUAGUGCAGGUGUGCUGCUAUGUGGCUAGAGCCAAAUGCAGCCCCUGGUGAUAUUCUCCCUGUAACUCUGUCCUUGGGAGGACAAAGUGGAUCAGCUGCAGGUCCAUAUGCCUGGCAAUCUAGAACAAGGAACUGUUUUUAGUCUACCAAGAAAAGCAGAGCAGAAGAUAUCAUGGCUUUCAAACCCCGGGCAAGCUGGGGUGUCUUAAAACCUGAGUACACCUUAUUGGAUGCCAGAGAUUUGGCCCUCAGUUCGCCCUGACUAGUCUGCAGCUGGUCAUUAAAAACUAUUUAGGGCUCAGUGCUUUAACAGUAUCCUUUCAUCUUUAGGCUCUUGUGUUGGAUGAGCAUAUAAUGCAUAUUGUCUCUGCGUAUGCAAAAAAGUGUGCUGAAAUAGUAGGAAAAAAAGGGGAAGAAGAAAUGCUUUGUAAUUAAGUUUGUAAUUGAAGCGUUAAAAAAAGGCGCCUGUUUUAAGAUGAAAGCCCAGGGAGAUCACUAAUGGUCCUUCACCUCCAAAACACUGAUUCAAGUGAGACUGGGUCAGCAGUGACCAUGUGACGGCUGGUCAGUGAAAUGCAUUUGCUCUCCGUCCAGUGUGCAUACAAAACCCACUAGAGCAGAUGAGACUACCUUGCUCUGUUAUUCAGUUCUAAGUCUGUCUGCUAACAAACUGUGGAGACUGAACUCUCUACUCAUUCCCAAUAGGCAGUCCAAAUCUGGACUAGGCUGCACUGACUGAGUGAUAUGGGGGAUCCUGAGUUGCUUCAGCCCAAGCUGUAUCCUUCUCCAACCCCCUCUUUUGAAAAAGUAAACAUAAAGCUGUUUGGACAGAAAUGCUUGUCAAAAACCGCUCAACGAGCCCAAUCCUGAUUCUACUGAAGUCAGUGGAAGAUUUAGCCAGGGACUUCAGUGGAUGCAGGCUCAUCCCCCUAUGAGCUCUGCCCAGCCUAUGAAAGUUUGAAGCAAAAUAUAGUUUGCUACAAUUUUGAAGAGAACAUAAAAUCAAUGCCUAAGGCUACAAUGAGAAAAGAUCAGACUGUGGCAUUUGCCAGUCACACAAAAUGGGGGAAGUGAAUGUAAUCUGCUCUAAUCAAGCCAUAUAACAUAAAGUAUGAAGGACCUUUUAUGUUCAGUUGACUUUUUCUAAGAUCAGAAUGUGUGUAUUUAUUUAUUUUUUGGCAUUGUGCAAUACUUGGUGACAAGUGGAUGAUGUAUGCUGUUUGCCUUUUGGGAAAGGUAUGUUAUCGCUAGCUUAUGAAAAUUGCUUUUCUAUGCCUUCUGUUUAUUAUUUGAUCAACCGAUGCUUAAUGCUGUGUUUUUUACUUCUAAUUGUAACUUGUUUGGGAUUUUUUUAAAAAUAUGUCUAAAUUUUGCAGAAUAAACUUCCAGUUACU